CUCUAAUGAAAAAGUAAAAGUGCUUCAACAAAGACCUUCUUAUGAACCUUCAAUAAACAAGACAUGGCAUCUGCGAGCAACUUACUAUCCGAAGAUCAGUUUCUGUGCUCCAUCUGUCUGGAUGUGUUCACUCAUCCAGUCACCAUACCAUGUGGACACAACUUCUGCAAGGACUGCAUCACAGAACACUGGAAUAUUAAUUCACAGUGUCAGUGUCCCAUGUGUAAAGAGCUUUUUGCCAAAAGACCUAAACUGAGGGUCAACACCUUCAUAUCUGAGAUGGCUGCUCAGUUCAGGCAGUCAGUUCAAAAGAAAAGCAGCAGCUCAGAACAACAACAAGCAAAGACAGGAGAUGUUCUCUGUGAUUUCUGCACUGAAACCAAACUGAAGGCCCUGAAGUCCUGCCUGGUGUGUCUGACCUCCUACUGUGAAACUCACCUGGAGCCUCAUCAGAGGAUCCCAGGCCUGAAAAGACACAUGCUGAUUGAUCCUGUGAAGAACCUGGAAGACAGAAUGUGUAAGAAGCAUGAUCGACCUCUGGAGCUGUUCUGCAAGACUGAUCAGAUGUGUUUGUGUCAGUUAUGCACUGACACAGGUCAUAAGGGGCACCGCAUUGUUCCUCUGAUAGACGAACAUGAGGGGAGGAAGGCUGAGCUGCAAAAGAAAGAGGCUAAAGUUCAGCAGAUGAUCCAGGAGAGACGACUGAAGAUUCAGCAGAUCAAACAGUCAACAGCAGCCAGUGUGCAGGUCUUCAAUGAUCUGAUAAAGUCUGUUGAGAGACGUCUGGUUGAACUUGUUGUGAUGAUUGAAGAGAAACAGAAAACAGCAGAGAAACAAGCUGAAGGCUUCAUCAAAGAACUGGAAGAGGAAAUCUCUGAGCUGAUGAAGAAAAGUGCUGAACUGAAGCAGUUGUCACACAAUGAAGACCACCUCCAGCUCCUCCGAAACUUCCCAUCCCUGAACUCUGCUCCAUCCACCAAAGACUGGACAGAGGUUAAAGUUCAAUCAUCAUAUGAGAUGACUGUGAAGAGAGCUGUGGCUCAGCUGGAGAAAACGCUCAGUGAAGAGAUGAAGAACAUGUGUGCUGCUGUUGAGCUGAAGAGGGCCCAGCAGUAUGCAGUGGAUGUGAUGCUUGAUCCAGAUACAGCACAUCCUAAUCUCAGCCUGUCCUAUGAUGGGAAACAAGUGUAUUGCGGCGAUGUAAAAAAGAAUCUCUUUGACAACCCAAGGAGAUUUUCUUCUUGUGCAGUCUUAGGAAAGCAGAGUAUCUCUUCAGGAAAGUUUUACUAUGAGGUUCAGGUUAAAUGGAAAACUAAAUGGGAUUUAGGAGUGGUCAGACAGUCCAUCAGCAGGAAGGGAGACAACACAAUGUGCCCUGAGAAUGGCUACUGGGCUAUAUGGUUAAGAAAUAAAAAUGAGUAUAGAGCUCUUGCUGGUCCUUCAGUCCGUCUCGCUCUAAGGUUUCAGCCUCAGAAGGUGGGGGUGUUUGUGGAUUAUGAGGAGGGUCUGGUCUCCUUUUAUGAUGUAGAUGCUGCAGCUCUUAUUUACUCCUUUACUGACUGUAACUUCACUGAGAAACUCUAUCCGUACUUCAGUCCCUGUCCCAGUGACGGUGGGAAAAACUCUGCACCUCUGAUCAUCUCUCGUGGUAGUCACAUGCAUUAG